UCAUCGGCAACUCUGUAGGGGCCUUUUGGGGGGCCCUGUCCACCACCUCGCACUCUCCCUAUUCCGUCGUCAACUUCCAAUAAUGCCGAGCAGCAGUCAACACGGUUUCAGAAGAGCUAUUGAGGCUCUAAAGGACUCCACAAUGGUUGGAUUGGCAAGGGUAAACAGUGGUCAGAAGGAAGUAGAGAUUGCCGUUGUCAAGGCGACCGACCGUAAGGAAGAAGUUCCAAAGGAGAAACAUGUCAGGAGUAUCUUGGCUGCUUCUGGGAAUCGUUACGAUGCCGCUUUUUGCAUACACACUCUGUUGAAGCGUCUUUCUAAAACCCGUACUUGGACGGUUGCAUUGAAAUCAUUGAUCAUUAUACAUCGUAUACUAAGACAUGACCCCUCGUUUCACCAAGAGUUGGUUAAUAUCGGGAGGGAAAGAGGUCUCCUGUUGAACGUAUCCCAUCUCAGAACUAAUUCGAGUCCAGAAACUUGGAACUACUCUAGUUGGGUUCAGGAAUACGCUUUAUAUCUCGAAGAGCGUUCGGAAUGCUACAAUGUAUUGAAGUAUGAUGUUGAUAAAGAUCAGUCCAGAAACGGAAGGCUCGACACCCCUGAUCUGUUAGAUCAGCUACCUGUCUUGCAAGAGCUUCUCGGUCGCCUUCUUAAUUGCAAGCCAGUGGGGUCAGCAUUUUACAGCCACUUGAUUCAUUAUGUUCUAUCAAUUAUUGCAGGUGAAAGUGUUAAAUUGUACAUUGCAAUUACUGACGGAGUUCUAAAUCUGGUUGACAAGUAUUUCGAGAUGCAGCGCGACCAUGCUCUUAGGGCCCUAGAGAUUUAUAAGAAGGCGGGAGAACAGGCAUCACAGUUGUCCGAGUUCUUUGAGAUCUGCAGGGGCCUUCACUAUGGGCAAGGGCAAAAGUACCUUAAGAUUAAUCCGCUCCCUGAAUCAUUUCUGAUUGCAAUGGAGGAAUAUGUGAAAGAUACCCCUGAAGUUUUGGCACUUCCAUAUUAUACAUCAGUAGAGGCUGAGGAAGGUGCUCCUCCCACAGAAAGCCCUGCUCCAGUACCUGAUUUGUUAUCAGGUGAUAACCAAGAUGAUGGUGCUCGAGAAACAUCUGAUGCAUCUUCGAAUCAAGCCUCGAGUGACACAAGGAAGGCUGUUGCAACUCUUGACAUUGGUGAUCUUAUAAGCUUUGAUGAACCAAGUGAGGAAACAUCUGAACUGAUUGACAAUAAUCCCCGUGCUCUAGCUAUUUUCGAAUCUGAGAAUCCUCCAUUUGCCGAAAACGUUGAGAGCUCAGCACCUGCAUCUACAGGUUGGGAGCUUGCACUUUGUGGUUCACCAACCUCCAAUGGAGCUGCUGUUGCUGAUAAUCAAAUGACCGGCGGAUCGAACGGAUUAACACCGCAAAGUUUAUUAGCAACGAAUCAGCAAAUGGCCUUCAACUUCAGUCCAGUGUCGGCAAACCCUUUUGGCAUAAAUUACAACAGUCAGGAUCCCUUUUUUGGAAGCAGUUAUAUCACACCCCAAACCAAUGUACAAAUGUCAGCCAUGCCUCAACACCCAAUAUACUUCAUGCAACAGCGGCCUCCCAUGGCCAUGGCUGAUUACCAUUCAUUAAACCCUUCUGUCAUGGCUAAUUACAACCAGGUUCCCACUUUUAACGGAUGCAGUAACACAACACCCUCAAUUGAUAUGACACUGGCCACCAUGACUCCGCAACAAACCAAGCCAACACAACAGCCUACAUUGGACAUGGUUGGGUACAAUCCACCCAAACCUUCCGGAAAUCCCUUUGAUAUGUGAAAAUGGCAGUCAUGGCUUAGCAACAAAAUGACAUAAAACAACUUUAAACGAACAUAUGCCAGAAUUAUAGGGAAUUUUAAUGCUUGUAAACAACAAACAUUAACCUAUAGAGAUAAUAAAGAGUAUGCUUUUUGCUUGAUGAA